AUGGUAUAUACUGCAAGCUAUAGACACACUGUUUUCGUUGAUCUCUUAGAGCACUUAGGUGUAGUUUCCAAUACGGAAACUCUACAAAGUGCCCGUGAGGGUGAAGUCGAUCAAUCAGAAUCUACUGACACAAAGGUCACUAAACCUGGGUACGAUAUAGAAUCAGACCCCGGCUCAUCCAGUUCCGAGUGCCGCACCAGUUUAAGUGCUAGCUCACAAAUGGAGAAAAAUGACGCCUUCCUAGUCGAUUGGAAUGGUGAGUCUGACCCUGAAAACCCGCAAAAUUGGCCGCUUCUCAAGAAAUCAAUGGUGGUGUCGCAGAUCAUGAUACUUACUUGCGUAACGUACAUGGGGUCAUCCAUUUACACCCCUGGUCAAGAGUAUAUUCAAAGUGAAUUCAAAGUCGGUCACGUGGUGGCGACUCUAAAUCUUUCCAUGUACGUCCUUGGCUAUGGGUUAGGCCCCAUCAUAUUCUCACCGCUAUCAGAGAUUGCCCGGUUUGGCCGUCUUUAUAUCUAUAUGAUAACUUUGUUCUUCUUCAUGAUCUUUCAAAUCGGUUGUGCCACUGUGCAUAACAUUGGCGGCUUGAUCGUUAUGCGUUUCAUCAGUGGUGUAUUGUGCAGUCCAUCUUUGGCCACUGGUGGCGGUACAGUGGCAGAUAUCAUCUCGCCAGAAUUUGUUCCAUUGGUCUUGGGUAUGUGGUCAGCCGGUGCCGUCGCUGCGCCGGUCUUGGCUCCCCUAUUAGGUGCUGCUAUGGUUGAAGCUGAGAAUUGGAGAUACAUUUUUUGGUUGUUGAUGUGGUUAAGCGCUGCUACUUUAGUCGUGUUAGUGUUUUUCUUCCCUGAAACGCAGCAUUAUAAUAUUUUGUAUCGUCGUGCUCUGAAAUUGAGAAAGGAAACGGGCGAUGAUAGAUACUACACUGAACAGGAUAAGUUAGAUAGACAAAUUGAUGGAAAAACCUUUUUGGCGAAUACAUUAUACAGACCUUUUAAGAUGAUUAUCAAGGAACCGGCAUUGCUGGCAUUUGAUCUCUAUAUCGCAGUUGCUUACGGUUGUUUCUAUCUAUUUUUUGAAGCUUUCCCUAUUGUAUUUGUCGGAAUCUAUCAUUUCACUUUAGUCGAGGUAGGCGUGGCUUAUAUGGGCUUUUGCGUUGGCUGUGUGUUGGCUUACAUUUUAUUCGCUAUUUUGAAUAUGAGAAUCAUUGUACCCCGUUUCAAAAAUGGUACCUUCACCCCGGAAGUUUUUUUGAUUGUAGCAAUGUCUGUGUGUUGGUGUCUACCGUUAGCUUUAUUUUUAUUUGGUUGGACUGCCAAAGUACAUUGGAUCCUACCAAUCAUUUCAGAGGUUUUUUUCGUUAUAGCUGUCUUCAAUAUAUUCCAAGCUACUUUUGCAUAUUUGGCAACUUGCUAUCCAAAAUACGUCGCAUCUGUAUUUGCUGGCAAUAGUUUCUGUCGGAGUUUGUUUGCUUGUGCUUUCCCAUUGUUUGGUAAAGCAAUGUAUGACAAUUUAGCUACCAAAAACUAUCCAGUUGCGUGGGGCUCCAGCUUGGUGGGGUUCUUCACUUUGGCUCUAGCUGCUAUCCCAUUCGUACUUUAUAAGUACGGCCCCGCGUUACGCGCGAAGUCUGCUUAUACAGACUAA